AGUUGAUCAUAUCCUUCUUCUCUGUGACGCCGUAUGCACUGAACAUCUCACGCUGCUGGAGCAUACCAACUUAUUCUUUAUUCUUUCCUGAAAAUACAAGACGCCACCAACGAUGGGAUUUCGCAGACGAUUCAUCGGCUUCACCGGGGCCGUUCAGAUAUUGCUCACUCUCGCCAUGCUCAUUAUGGCGUCUUACAUAUCGUUCCUCGCCACCGUCAUUAACAACGCUGUUGGUUCCCCACUGUGGGGAGGAAUCAUUAUAUUGAUGUGCGGUGCUGGUAACAUUAUAGAUGCACUGGAGUCACCUUCGAAAAAGAGGUCAACACAAGAAUACCACAUGUUACCCCUCAACUUCGGUACGCUCCUCGCCAACCUGAUUGCUUUUUUCGUCUCCGCCACCAUCAUCGGUCUCUUCUCGUGGUCGGUGAGCACGGUUAUCAAUGCAUUGGUCGUCCCUUCCUCCGCCAUCAUCCUCGCCGCCAGCUUCAUCUGUAUCUUCUCCUUCUUUGCUCUAUGUGCUGACUGCUGCCAAUUCUGCUUCACACCCCCUCCGCAUCAACAGAGACCUUACUAUGUGGACUAUGAUGGGCCUCCUCGUGGUAUCCCAAACCAGGUGUUCAAGGCCUAAUCUUACAUCAAAUUGGCAACGUCAACAUGCAGAGACCCAGAAGGGUCGUGCUAGCUGUAUUCAGUUCAUUGACAAUAUAGCUAACUCUUAAUAUGAUUUGUGUAUAUGUGCUCCCGUUAUCAUUUAUCAGUCCCCCGUUAUCUAUUCGAAAUACAAGGCAGAAGAGGGUAUAAAGGGACUCACCCCAUUUAGACAAACAGCCUGUGAGAUCUACAAUACAAAGAAAUAUAUCAGGGAAGCGGGAAAACAUUAAUAACAAUUACAUAUAACAUAUUUUACACUGACAUAAAAUAUGCUUUCAUAAUACGGCUAGAAAAUAAGGUAUUUAAAAAAAAAACGAUCUAAACUCAUCCAAACUCUCUCAUUUGUUCUAUUUUUCUUGUGCGCCUCGGAAUAGAAUUUUGUAGAUAGACGGCGAUAUAUUAAUGCCUAUUAUUAUUAUCAUCUAGACUUUGAUUUUAUGUGUUAUGAAAACCAUGCCAAAAUGUCGCAGAGCAUUAUAUAGGAAUUAUGACUGUCAUAGCACAGUUAGGACAUCGUAGCAGUGCAAAUAUAAAUAUCGCAUGCCUUAUCAACCUAGGAAAAGUAUUACGAAACUUGUACAGAAAAUGAAAAUAACCUAUUUAUUAUAUUUUAGUAAGUUGGAAUGUAGAUGCGCUAUUAAUUGUUGCUUUAAUAUUUUAGUUACUUUAUGUCUAUUUACAUGGUAAGCCCCUUCAGACUAUGGUAAACAAAACUAAAUAAUGUUGCGAUGUUACAAAUAUCGCGAUGGUGUAAAUGAGCCUGACGAAGAAUUUCUCGUGUUAUUUUUCCUCGUAUUUACACAUAAUGGGGGCAUUUUCUGAAUACUAUACCACCGGAAUAAGACAGAAACAGCCGAUAGAAAAAAGUUAUACGACAUGUUGUACAAAUUAGGUAUUUUUUUUAUUGGCUUUAAUGCUGAUCUUUUCAGAACCCUAUUUUGUUGUGUUAAAACUGGUGGGGGCCGUUCUCAAAAGAAAAAUAUUAGAAAAGAAAGACAAUAUACGUUCAAUUUCUCAAAGUGUUUAAAUCUUGUAAAUAUUCUAAAGAAAGUUUCAAACAAAAUUGCUUAUGUACUUUGACUCGUAUAAUUUUUAAUACAAUGAUAAGUACUUGUUUAUUUUGUAGUCGAUACAAAUUAUAUCGUACAUUAUCCACAGCAGAGUGUACCUAUAGUUUAUAUUUAGUUAUAACUUAUAAAAAGUAUUACAAUUUGAUUUUUUUUUAAUGGUACAUGCUAAUGAAAAAUUAAAUAAAAUUCCA